UUAACCCCAUUCCUUGGUGAUAACAUUCACCACUUUGGGAAGAAGAAGGUUUCAUUGUCAGGAUUUUUGCGUUAAGUAAAGUUUACACUUGAAACCCACAAAAUCUUUGAUGAAUAUGGCUUCUUCUGUCAUUUUGAAUGUUGGUGGCAAGCUAUAUCAGACAGAGAGGUCAACUCUGGAACGUUAUCCUGACAGCUAUUUCACAAGCUUGCUAAACGACAAUCAUUAUGAUCCAUCUAUCAGAAACGAAGAAGGGCACUAUAUUGUUGAUCGGGACGGCGAGAUAUUUCGGCAUGUACUUAAUUUCUUGAGAGAUGGAAGGCUCGUGCUUCCCGACGGAUUCCGCGAGUACGAACUGCUAAGGUGCGAAGCUAAGUUCUUCAAGCUUGGGGAACUCCAGAAAGCGAUUCCCGCAACAUCCUUGGUGAAAAUGGCUUCUUCUGUCAUUUUGAAUGUUGGUGGCAAACUGUAUCAGACAAAGAGAUCAACUCUGGAACGUCUGAUUGACGUCAAUGAUCCAUCUAUCAGAAACGAAGAAGGGCACUACCUUCUUGAUCGGGACGGCGAGAUAUUUCGGCAUGUACUUAAUUUCUUGAGAAGUGGAAGACUAGUGCUUCCCGACGGAUUCCGCGAGUACGAUCUGCUCAGGUGCGAAGCUAAGUUCUUCAAGCUUGGGGAACUCCAGAAAGCGAUUCCGGCAACAUCCUCGGUGAAAAUGGCUUCUUCUCUCACUUUGAAUGUUGGUGGCAAGCUGUAUCAGACAAAGAGAUCAACUCUGGAACGUUUGAUUGACGUCAAUGAUCCAUCUAUCAGAAACGAAGAAGGGCACUACCUUGUUGAUCGGGACGGCGAGAUAUUUCGGCAUGUACUUAAUUUCUUGAGAAGUGGAAGACUCGUGCUUCCCGACGGAUUCCGCGAGUACGAUCUGCUCAGGUGCGAAGCUGAGUUCUUCAAGCUUGGGGAACUCCAGAAAGCGAUUCAAGAGCAGACCCGAGGAGCGAUCGGACUGAGGGUUGGUGGCAAGCUCUACAUGAUGACAAUUGGAGAGGCAUCGAAAGAGCAGGGCUCGUUCUUCGACAAGAUGCUGAGUGGGCAGAUUUCGGUUCCUAGAGAUGCACUUGGAAAUUUCCUUGUUGACAGGGAUGGGAGCAUGUUCCGAUUUGUCCUGGGUUACCUUCGAGACGGUGGCAUCUUCAUGGAUAUGACACCCAAAGAAUUUGACCUCCUGAAAAAGGAGGGGGAGUACUUUGGACUUCAAAUGCUUGUACACCACAUUGAGAGCGUUUCGUUGAUGCAUGGAUGGACCAGCGGUAAGCCUUUGAUUCUUCACCUCUUUCACCAUAACAAUGACCACUGCGUUGUAUAUGCCAACAGAGCCAAGGCAGGUGGGUUCUUUACAGACUGGAAAAUUUCUGAGAUUUGUUCAGAGCCUAAAAUAUUGAAGGAUGACAUAAUGAGCAAGGAGGGCAGGUUAGUCGGGUUGCUUGAUGUGACGAAGGUGAAUCAUCGACAACCUGCCAAGAAAGAAGAAAUCUUCACUUUUAUUUUCGAUAAAAUGGGUGCGAAACAUAAGAAAUCCAUUCAACUGAACAACGGCUGGACCAAGGUGCUGUUUACAACGUAGGUUUGUCCAUUGUAGUGUGCAGUCUCGUGAGAAUUCCUCUAGUUCAAACAUGAAGGCAUAUUAAAGUCUUAUCCACGAUAGAGUGACUCAAUUCGUUUAUACUUUCCCUAGAUGUAUUUUGAGUUAGUGGUUGUCACAAUGAGGCGUUGAGCGAUUCUGAUCAGACUUUUAGAUAGUAACUGCAUGUAUGUAGGAAACUUUAUCUAUUUUUAUAACGUCCUAUCUGAUGUUUUCAGGAAUUGAAGGAUUCUGUGUUUGAUAAAGAAGUACAUUCAAACUUGCUUUUGCGACAACCUAUAUAGAAGAAAAAAACUCACCCGUCUACCAAGGCCACUUUUUGUUUCAGUCGAAACGAUGCUUUUCAUUGAAACCUGUGCACAAUCAAUACCUUCAUUUAAGGACUGCUUUGUGUGUGUGUGUGCGUGUGUGUGUGUGUGUGUGCGUGCGUGUGCGUGUGUGUGUGUGUGUGUGUGUGUGUGUGUGUAGGAGGGGGCUAUCUCCCUUGGGCGGUCUUUCGGUACAGAUGCCACUGCAGUGCAUUUAGUACAUGGCAUAUCUCGAAAGUGAUAAACAUGUGUAGGCGAUCCUCCCAAGAUCGGGGGGGGG